AUGAGCACUAUAAACAUCGUCAAAUACUACUUCCACCGUCUUAAUGUUCCUAGAACCGAAGAAAGGAUGAGAAAGCUUGUCGCGUUGGCAUACCAGUCAGCUUGUGAACAGCAGCUCUAUCCAAAAGCCAUCCUCAUCCGGAGCGAGGUUCACUUAACAACGACGAUCGAGGGGGAACGUCAGCCAGAUCCUGAAGGCCUACACGUUACGUUUAGCUAUAAGACCCAAGACCACUUGGGCAGGGAGACACAUAUCACCUCCCAUGCGUACGUAUAUGAUACAAUUUCUGUGGAACUCAGGAAGUCGUCUCCUACACCCGAGAAGGCCGACUCGACUUUGAAAAGAAGCGGUAAAGCACUUAAACCAGUUUGGCCGUCCGCAGAAAAGCUCUGGGAGGCCCCAGAUGUCGGCUAUUCACACUUGCCCUGA